UGCAGCCCAAGCCACAGCUGCCAUAGCUUUCUGGCCAGCCCGUCAGAGCAGCAGCAUGGAGCUUGGGGGGGCCUAUCUGCUCCUCUGUCUCUUCUCCCUCCUGACCCUUGUCACCACUGAGUCGCCAACCCCCAAGGUCAAGAAGGUUGCAAAUGCCAAGAAAGAAGCCGUGAGCCCCAAGAUGUUUGAGGAGCUCAAGAGUCAGCUGGACAGCCUGGCGCAGGAGGUGGCUCUGCUGAAGGAGCGGCAGGCCCUGCAGACGGUCUGUCUGCAGGGCACCAAGGUGCACCUCAAGUGCUUCCUGGCGGUGGCGCAGGCGCGGCCGUUCCACGAGGCGAGCGAGGACUGCAUCUCGCGGGGCGGCACCCUGGGCACCCCGGGCUCGGCGGCCGACAACGAGGCGCUGCUGGACUACGUGCGCCGCAGCCUGCGCGCCGACGCCGAGGUGUGGCUGGGGCUCAGCGACCUGGCGGCCGAGGGCGCCUGGGUGGACCCCGCGGGGGGCGCCGCCACCUUCCGCAACUGGGAGACGGAGCUCACGGCGCAGCCCGACGGCGGCCCCGCGGAGAACUGCGCCGCCCUGGCAGCCGCGUCCGGGGGUCGCUGGUUCGACCGGCGCUGCCGGGACCCGCUGCCCUACACCUGCCAGUUCGCCAUCGUGUAGGGGCAGGGGGCGGGUGCAGGGGCGGGUGCAGGGGUGCAGGGGAACGGGCUGCCCUACACCUGCCA